UAUUAAUGUUGAUCGUCGGAGUGUAGAUGCAGGGGGUCAUCCCCGCCCUUUCACAGAUUUGGAGUUCUACUUGUUUCUUGGCUGAAACAAUUGGCGCGCCAGACGGAAGCUGAUCGGGAAAAGAUAAAAGCAGAUCUAUCGAUUUGUUUUGUUUGCUUCCGAGAACAUAAAAAAAGUGGGAACUUUUGGCGAAACUCCCAG